ACACUUCAGACUGAUCAACGAGAAUAAGUGGAAGUGAAAAAAAAAAAAGUAUCCGACACUAUAUUACUUUUGUAUUGACACACCAUUCAAACAUACAAACUACAACUCCAUAUUAUCUCAGCAUACCCUCCUUUUUUUUGGUAUGGCAGACAGUAACUUGCAAGUAUCAAGCAAUGAUGAAGGCUUUAUCACCAAGAAGAGUAAAAAUGACCCAACAGAAGAAAGGACAUCAUCAUUACAACGCUCAUUCAGUUUUCCCAGGGACAACAACACCAAAGUCACUAGUCGCAGGAAGGUAUAUUGGAAACAAAUGGAAGGACUCAACCCACAAUCCAAUUGGAGAAAGAUCAAACGAUUCGCUCAUCGAAAACCAGCCAUCUCUCAGGACAACACUGAACAGACUCAAAUGAUGACUCAAGACGAACGGGAUGGGACGAUUGAUCGUGCAGGUAUAACCUUGAUCCGAAGAUGUGAAUUCAAUCAACUUCCGGCCAUCCUUCUCGCCAUGAUGAUCCAACGUGAUGAAAAAGGUUUACCUAGGAUUCCAGUGCUUCUCUCUAUUGUCAAGGUCCAAGUAAACAGAAUCAAAGAUCUCAAAACGAGUGACAAGAAAAUAUCCCGGAAGUCACGGCAACUUCAAUUGGUGGUUUCUUAUGGUGGAAUCCAAUGGUCUAUCUAUCGUCGUUAUUGGGAUUUUGUCAAGCUUCAUUAUUCGUAUUGUGGUUAUGAUCUUGCUCGCGCUCGUCGACCUGUGGGUUUACCUGUAUUUCCAAAUAUGAUUCUACAUCGCUUUCCACGUCACCAUCAUGAUCAUUGGCAGAACAAAUCAAAGGAUCAAUCUACAUUUCAAAACGAGCAACAACAACAACAACAAUCUUCUACGACACUAUACCAAGAAGGGUCAAUCAAAACGUCACAAUGUCAAAACGAAACCAUAUCAACAGGAAUAUUGAAUACUGACGAUCAGUUUACCCAUGACAAUAGGCUUGCUGGAGACCAUCUGGAUGAUCAUAGUAUUGUCGAAGCUUCAGUAUCACACAAUCUCCAUAACGAAGAAGAUCCACAUUUGUUGACAAGUUUAGCAUCAUCAUCAUCAUCAUCGUCAUCAUCAUCAGUAGCAAUUUCUGUCACUGAGCAUCAUCACGACAGUCAACAUUAUUAUCAUAGCGAUAUUGAAAGUCUCCAAUCAAUAAAGGAUGAAGAAAGGGAAUACGAUAAACUCUUGGAACAGUAUAUGAUGCAACUCAUCUCAGCCACUCUACAUACUGGCAAUAGCAACAGAUUAUGUAAAUUUUUGGAAAUAUCAACACUUGGCAUCUAUCUCAACGCAACUCAACCCUAUGGUUAUCACGGAAAGGAAGGAUACAUGGUGAUCGUUGGACGUACGGAUAGAGAACCACGGCAUUCAAGAUGGAAGUUAGGAUCUUCAUGUUUUGGCACCGUUGCAAAUCAAAAUUCUUCAAACAUUACAACAUCUCAUCUCAAAAAUACUCCAAAGUGGUUUAUUAUCCGGGAAAACUACAUGGUCUGUGUCAAUCACCCUCGUGAUAUGGAUUAUUAUGAUGUCUUUUUAUUUGAACCUGGAUUCCAAAUACAACGUGGUUAUGUUCAUCAUUCCAUCAACAAAAUCAAUCAAUUGAAACUAGCAAUUACCUCAGCAGCUAACUUAUCCCUUGGUCAUACAACAUUGUGUAUUCGAAACAAUGCGGGUGAAAUCUAUCUUCGAGCAAAAAAUGUGAGACAAGCCAUACAGUUUGAACAGUCUUUGAUGCGUGCAUGUUCUCGAUCCACUUGGUGCCUUCCACCUCAACGAUUCAAUAGUUUUGCUCCAAUUCGUUCUCAAUGUCCUACUACCUGGUUCGUUGAUGGCAAUGACUACUUUUGGCAGAUCUCUAUUGCUCUGGAAAAUGCAAAACAUUACAUUUAUAUUCAUGAUUGGUGGUUGUCUCCUGAACUGUACCUUCGUCGACCUCCUUGUAUAAAUGAAGAAUGGAGAUUGGACAAUGUAUUGAAACGAAAAGCCGAUCAAGGUGUCAAGAUUUAUAUUAUUGUGUAUAAAGAAAUUGCAAUGGCUUUACCUUUAUUCUCUCACUAUACCAAAAAGUAUCUAUUAUCACUUUCAAGUAAUAUUUAUGUCCAAAGACAUCCUUCCAGAGCUCUUGAUAUAUUCAGCAAACAAGAUACACUUUUUUACGCACAUCAUGAAAAGAUAUGUUUGGUGGAUGGAGUUGUGGCCUUUAUUGGUGGACUUGAUCUCUGCUUUGGAAGAUAUGAUACUGAUCAACAUUUGGUGACGGAUGACCCAUCGAAUCCCAUCGACCAAACUUGGAUAGGCAAGGAUUAUUCCAACCCAAGGAUAGAAGAUUUUCACAAUUUGGACAAACCUUUUGAAGAUAAUAUAGAUCGAAAACGCCUUCCUCGAAUGCCAUGGCAUGAUAUCUCUAUACGUAUUUGUGGUCAAGCCGCGAGGGAUGUGGAACAUCACUUUGUGCAAAGAUGGAACUUUUUACGACGACGAAAAUCAACUGCACCCAAGCGUGAAACACCUAUGCUUCUUCCUUCUGCGGAUUCUGUUCCGAAUGAUCCUGCUGGGAUGGAUGAUGCUAGGAUUGGAUCUCAACAUACAUCAAAACAAACACAAGUACAAAUCCUUCGUAGUGUAUCCACUUGGAGUACUGGUAUAGAAACAACAGAACAUAGUAUUAUGGAUGCCUAUGUGGAAUUGAUUGGUGCAUCCAAACAUUUUAUCUAUAUUGAAAAUCAAUUCUUUGUAACAUCAACACGAUGUGGUACGACGGUGAUCGAAAACAAAAUCGGGGAUGCAUUAUAUCAGCGGAUUCUUCGAGCUCACAAAAACAAAGAAAGUUGGUGUGUGGUGAUUAUGAUGCCUUUGGUACCUGAAUUUCCUGGUACAUUUGACCUUGCUGAUGGAACAACGAUUCGAUUGAUUAUGAAUUUACAAUAUUUUUCCAUUGGUCGGGGCCCUGAUUCUUUAUUGGGAAGGUUGCGCGCUGCAGGGGUUCUUCAUACAUCAAAUUAUAUCAAGUUUUAUGGACUACGAAAUUGGGGUGAAUUGAACGGGUCUUAUGUGACGGAACAAGUCUAUAUACAUGCAAAGACGAUGAUAGUAGAUGAUAAAACAGUAGUGAUUGGAUCAGCAAAUAUUAAUGAACGUUCAAUGCUUGGUAUUCGAGAUUCUGAAAUCUGUGCCUGUAUUCAAGAUACUGAAAUGAUAGAAUCAAGUUUUGGAGGACAAAAAGUCAAAGUGGGACGAUUUGCUCAUUCAUUACGAUUACGAUUGAUGGCGGAACAUAUGGGUCUUCCGAUAGAAAAUUGGGAUGUGGAUAUGCUUUUAGCUAACCCAAACAAGGAAACAACAAAGAAACGCAAAACCUCACAAAUAUCGCUAGGGUCGAACACAUUACCAAAUUUAGAUGCAGUAUCAUGUCAUUUACAAACCACAGAUCAUUUGGAAGAACAACAACAACAAAAUUCAAUAGGUCAGACGACUGAUCAGCAGCUGAAACAUACAAUAACAAAAAAGGAUUUAACAAAGACAAAAAAUCAAACGGAUGAUCCAUUUACAACAACAACAACAAAACAAAGAGAUGCAAUGACUAUGAAUGAAGAAUCAUUAAAACUAUACCAAGAAUGGUCCUCUUGGGAUACGGAUACAGAUAAUAAUGGAGAUGGAUUCAACCUCGUGCCUUUGGCUUUACCACUUUUGGUGUUAUCUUCUGAUCAUACAAAUGAUCGGAAAACAGGGUCGGGUGGAUCCCCGUUGCUCACUUUCAAUAGUGAUUACUAUGGCAAGAAUGCGAUCCGAUGGACCGAAUGGAAUGAUGAUGCAUAUUUAUUUACAAGACUUCGUGAUCCUUUAUUGAGUCAACACCUGUGGCACACACGCGCUCGAUGCAAUACAGAUUUAUUUCGACGAUGUUUUAUGGUGAUGCCUGACAACAAUGUACGAUCUUGGGAAACAUACGAUGCCUUCAAUAAGCUUUCAAGACGAUUAUUGGCAAGAGAGGAAGACUUUGAUAUGUCAAAAGCAAGAACAACCGUCCAAUCUUUAGAGGAUAGCUUUGUCCUUCCUUUUAUUCCAUUCUUGUUGACGAAAAUCAAAGGUCAUCUGGUGGUAUGGCCUACUCGAUUUUUGGAAGAUGAAGGAGAUGAUUUUUUAUUUGCUAUGGACAAGUUGGCACCUUUGGAAAUCUUUGAUUGAAAGUUUUUUUUUUUCUUUUUAUUAUAUUGUUAUUUUAUUUUAUUUUUUUCUUGUUAUACAUACACAGACAUACAUACAUACUUAUUUACAUAUGAUGCAAAAACAAACUUUACUUUUGAU